UUAUCGAAGGGUCGAAAGUCGUUAUCGCGCGAUGACGAAGGACGCGCGAUAGAGUUAGAUUGACUACGUCACCGUCGCUAUUUAUUUAGGAACGGAGCGACGAAGAUCGCUUAGAAAAGAAUGGAAACCGUUUUGGCCGUGGUGGCGCUAAUAGCGAUCUAUUCCGUCCAUCGUCUCUUCGCGCGGGCCGGCGCAGACGAGAAGUCAACUCGUACAGGUUUGGUCUUCGCUGCGAAACACGCGUUGGCAUUCUUAUACGUAAAAUUGCUGAGACUAAUCGGUAAGAACAGGAAGGUCGAAGAGGACAUUUAUGGAGAAGUUACAAACGACUGUGUGUCGCUAGGAGUGUUGCCUCAUUCUAGAGAAUGGGAAAACGAAUUACCUCGUCCAGACCAUCCGUCUUCUCAGAGAAGCGACGAGAUCGCCUUCCACGGUGUCAAUUCGAAGGGAGCGUGUCUCGUGACGUAUCUGAUUCGAAGAGUGGACGAUUUUGCCGACGUUUGGCUGUACCUGAAACUAGAAGACGGUCGAUGUUACUCUCUGUUGCGUCAACCCAUCACCGCCAAUUACGUCGGCACGGAGCAUUGUUUCGCGGCUCACGGACUGUCGGUCAGGUGUCUGAGUCCCAUGCGUCGCUGGAGAAUUGGCUUCAAUGGACUCCUCAAGACUGUACCUGCUAAGGAUCCUCCGACCGUAACCCACGUGAAAUUUCAGUUUACGUGGAAUGCCACCAGCAGCGUCUACGACUUAUUUUACGACACUCCCGUCGAUCUAGUUGCUUCGGCUAUGGCCGCGGAAAAGUGGAAAAGUAAUCUUCCCGACGUAGAAAAACUGAAGACGAUGUUAAACAAAUACGAGCAAUGCGGAUGUUUAAUGGGAACUGUCACGGUCGACGGCAAAGAGGAGGAGCUGCAUCUGUGGGGAACCAGAAGCAGAAGUUAUGGGACUCUACGAACUCAACCCUCUUAUCAUCAUUUGCAUCUGGUCGGAAUGGGGAAGACGGGUGAGACUGUCAGCAUCGGCGCUCUGAACGUCCCCGAAGUGAUUUCGGAUUUCAAGUAUGCAUUCGUCACGACGGGCAACGGCUUUCUCUAUCCGAUCGACGUUUCCGACGUCAGUUUGAGUCGACUCUACUUGGACGGACUCCCUCCCACUGUCAAAGUGGCACGAAUACGAGCCCACAAGAGAUGGUGGAAGAUGAACAUCGACGGGAUGGACGCCAAGACAAGUAUCGGGACUACCUACUUCUCCGAAUUGCAAUUGUCUUCGGCCAGACUGAACGACAAGCAAGCACGCAGCGUCUGUAUCUUCUAUCACAAAUUAAGACCAGAAACGAUAAGAGAGAGACACGUGCCUCGUUUCGUCCCUCGGAUCAAAGAUAACGAAGAAGUGGGGGCAAUUUUGGUGACGUCGUUGCAAAAUUCGACAACGAAUCAAUCGUCGAUCCUCGGGGGAAAAGGAAGUUCUCUGGUCGAUUUACAUCAAAUUUCCGAUAUUGAAAACAGCUUUUCCGUGCCGAAAGGAAUCGUAAUAACUUUCAACGCGUAUCGAGAGUUAAUCAGAGAUGAAGGAUUACUUCUUCGGAUUUCCCAAUUGGAAGAUGCCGCUUGGGGUAAAACUGGCGAAGACAUGAAAGAAAUUUGCUCACAAACUGUCGAAUACCUGAAAGAAUAUUCUUUACCCGUGUCCUUGGCUUGGGUUCUCCACGAGAAGUUCAUUCAAGUCUUCGGAACAGAAUAUACGUCACUCCCCUUUGCCGUCAGAUCUUCGGCCCAGGGAGAAGAUUCCGAAGAUUUAUCGGCCGCGGGGCAAAUGGAAACGUUUCUCAACGUAACUGGAAUCCAAGAGACUCGACCGAUUACAUCUGUCGAUAAAGAAAACGAUUAUUCGGUCAGACGCGAGUUAGAAGGACCUUGGAAAAGCGAAUGCGAAUAUAUAACUACAGCUAAUUUAGGGUAA